AUGCACUACUUCAGUGACAACACCAAGUUCUGUGGAUUGAAUUUGUUGGAUUUGCAGAUUCGGACCUUUGCUCCAUGCGGUGAUGGUAAAUGCGACUGGGUUGAGAGCGAAACACAGCUACAGAAUGGGCGAUGGUACGCCUCAAACCAAAUUCUUCCAGACGGAACGCAGAUCAUCGUGGGGGGUCGCAGCGUCACCACAGUUGAGUACGUUCCUGCAAACCGCCGCGGCACCUACAACCUCGACCUCCUUGUCAAGACAAAUGAUGCAGAGAUGGACAACCUGUACCCUUUCGUGCACCUGCUACCCAACAAUCAGCUCUUUAUAUUCGCAAAUCGCGACUCUAUUCUCUAUGACUGGCAGACUGGUGGCUUCAGUAAUCCUGAGGUCGUGGUGUGCGGCGGUGCAGCAUACGGCGCGUACCUGAGCGGCAACACAGGCGUGGGUACAUCGCAAACAUGUGGCCGAAUCGCACCUCUGGUGGAAGGAGCAGGAUGGGCAAUGGAGGACAUGCCCCAAAAGCGAACGAUGGGGGACAUGGUCAUCCUGCCCACACGUGAUGUGCUCAUCAUCAAUGGAGCUGGAAAUGGCGCGCAAGGAUGGGGUGGCGCCACAAAUCCUGUGCAGGCACCCAAUUUGUACAACCCUUACAACGCCCCUGGAACCCGAUUUUCAACUUUAACUGGGACGAACAUCCCUCGGGUUUACCACUCCACUGCGAAUUUGCUGCAAGACGGUCGAAUCUUGCCGGCGGGGAGCAACACGCACCAAUUCUACACGUUCACAGGAUAUCAACCAACCGAGUUGCGCAUCGAGACUUUCUCUCCUCCAUAUUUCGGCGCCACGCAGGUUUACCUCAAGAAAGCUCCUGGAGGCCUGGGGUAUGGAGACGACUUCACAGCCGUCGUGAAAGCAACAACUCCGACCACCAUCGAACUGAAUCUAGUAAACGCGCCAUUCGUCACGCAUUCCUAUGCUAUGGGACAGAGAUUGCUGCAGUUGGCGGUGUCUCCGCCUGCACAAAAUUCUUACAGCAUAGUAAGUUGAGGUCAUUCAUGAACUCUAUUAUAAUUGUAAAUUAAGUAAAUUGAGUGCUUGAGCAUGCACAAUUAUACAAAUCGUAUAAAUAACGUUAAGAAGUGUAUUUCUAAGGUAGAAGUUUACUAAUGCUAA